AUGAGUGUCGAGUCCAAAAAAACAAGUGAGGCUUGUUGCUCCAAGCUCAAGCUCUUCCUGGCCUCGCUGGCCUUUGUGUAUUUUUCCAAAGCCUUUGGUGGAGCCUACAUGAAGAGCUCCAUCACCCAGAUUGAAAGGCGCUUUGAUAUCCCCAGCUCGCUCAUCGGCUUCAUAGAUGGCAGCUUCGAAAUGGGCAACCUGCUGGUCAUCGCCUUUGUGAGCUACUUUGGCGCUAAGCUGCAUCGCCCCCGGCUCAUCGGUAUCGGCUGUGUGAUCAUGGCGGCUGGAUCGUACCUGACAGCGCUGCCUCACUUCUUCCAGGGACCGUAUAAAUAUGAGACCAGCGUGGCUCACAGCACCAACAUCAACAGCAGUGAGAACAUCCUGCCGUGUCUGUCCAACAACAGCCUGAUUGAUCUCGAUGAGACACCAGACGCCGCGGCCAAAACAGCUUGUGAGAAAGCCGCCGGCUCGUCCAUGUGGAUCUACGUUUUCUUGGGCAACAUGCUGCGUGGAAUCGGAGAGACUCCCAUCAUGCCUCUGGGGGUUUCCUAUCUGGACGACUUUUCCAGAGAAGAGAACACCCCUUUCUAUCUGGCCUGCAUCCACACGGUGGGAAUCUUGGGCCCCAUGUUCGGCUUCAUGCUCGGCUCUUUUCUCGCUAAGAUCUACGUGGACAUUGGAACCGUGGACUUAGACACCAUCACCAUUACCCACAAGGACUCCCGUUGGGUGGGAGCCUGGUGGCUGGGCUUCAUCGUGACCGGCACCGUGGUUCUGAUGUCCAGCAUCCCGUUCUGGUUCCUGCCCAAGUCUCUGCCCAAGCAGGGGAAGGAGCAGAGCCGGAGUAAGAGCACCGAACUGGCCAUGAUGACGGAACAAGAGAACUUCCUGCCAGAAGAAAGUCAGGAGCCCGAGGAGAAGCCGGUCACGUUCAAGGAGCUGGCUAAAGAUUUCAUUCCAUCCCUGAAGAGACUCUUCAAGAACAGCAUCUUCUCCCUGAUGGUCCUCACCUACCUGGUGGCCGUCAACGGCUUCAUCGGCAUGAUCACCUUCAAGCCCAAGUUCAUGGAGCAAACCUUCGGCCAGUCGGCCUCCAAAGCCAUUUUCCUCAUAGGCAUUCUAAACCUGCCGGCUGUGGCUCUGGGCAUCAUCACCGGAGGUUUUGUGCUGAAGCGUUUCAAGCUGGGCGUCAUCGGAGCAGCCAGGGUGUCCAUCACUGCCUCCAUCGGGGCCUUUUGCAUGCUCUCCAUUCAGGUCUUCAUCCAGUGUGACAACGCGGAGGUGGCCGGUCUCACAGUGUCGUACCAGGGGGCUCCUCAUGUGUCCUACAACCCCCAGACUUUGCUGUCGCAGUGCAACAUGGGCUGCUCCUGCUCGAUGAAGCACUGGGACCCGGUGUGCGCCUACAACGGCAUGACGUACGCCUCGCCCUGCCUGGCCGGCUGCCAGACCUCCACCGGCACCGGCAGGGAAAUGGUGUUCCACAACUGCUCCUGCAUUGGCGAGAUAAACACCCCGACCGCAAACAUGUCUGCAGUGUUGGGCCAGUGUCCCAGGAAGAACGACUGCGACAGCAAAUUUAAAAUCUACAUGGCUUUGUCCGUCAUUGGGUCCUUCAUUUCUGCCUGCGGGGGAACGCCGGGAUACAUCGUACUGCUCAGGUCCAUACAGCCGGACCUGAAGUCGCUGGCUCUGGGUAUGCAGACACUGAUUGUCAGGACUCUGGGUGGGAUUCCUCCGCCCAUAUAUUUCGGAGCGCUGAUCGACCGAACCUGUUUGAAGUGGGGCAGUAAGCAGUGUGGCGGCCGUGGAGCGUGUCGACUCUAUGACGCCAACGCAUUUAGGAUGACAUUCUUGGGGCUCAUUACCGGACUAUACUGCGUAUCCAACAUGCUGUGGGGAGGCCUCUACCUCAAAAUUGUCAAGAAACAGAAGAAGAUAGCGCUGAGGAAGCAGGCCAAAGAAAAUGGACUGGAGGGUAACGGAGUGAGCAAUGGACACGCUAAUAUCAACAUUGCCAAAAACAAAGAAGACACGGACAAGGAGAGCACUAUUUAAAAUGUCUGAGGACGGCCACACCACUGCGUAAUGCAACGGACGCCUGCGCGCUGUGCUGCUUCCAUACUGGACCCAAUGUGGUAAUGGUACAGUGUCAGCACUCUUUGGUCACUGAGCAGAACAACUGUACUUUAUUUGUUUUUUUUCCUUUCUUUUGUGUCAAAACCAAUAACCACUUGUUCACUUCAAAGGUCAAAAAUCAAGAAAACAUGAUGCCAGUCAGUGUCGGCAAGAUGCACCGUUCAGUUAUGAUGCUGUCCAACUAGGAAUCUGAGAACAAGCUGGAGGAAGAUGUGUCAGAUAUUUGGAGAACAUUUGGUUUGUUCUCACCAUUCAUUCUUGAACAGCCUUAGCUCAGAUAAUAGCAGUAACACCUACAGCUCUAUACUCAAAGCGAUUAUUGUGCAGUAACAGUGUUGUACAGUUUUAAUACAAGACGACUACAUGUGGUAGCGUCAGGUAGUAACAUGAAGUAUUGCUCUUGUUGUGAGACUUUCAGAGAUUAUUUUGUGCCUUUUUUGGGUGGUUCUGAACAAUCCUGCUUGUAUUAACCCAAAUGUGAGUAACACUUCAUUAUUUUGCGGAAUUGGAAAAACCAGGGACGACAAGUAGCUUGACGCCAAAGACAACAAAAUACUUCUACCUAACAUAUUGUAAAAAUGAAUAAGAAUGUUCAGUUUAAAAUCAUUUUUAACCUGUCUGUCUUAAAAUCUUAAGAAAUAUCAGUUGGUUGCAUGUUUACCAAAAUUCUUAAAACUUGGAAUAAAUCGUUUGGGUGAUGAAGGGGAAGCUUAUCCUUAUUAACUUCAUACUUCAAGUUCACAUGUCUUUUUGUGAUAACUACCAGAAAUUUCAAAUUAUACAAAUCUAAAACUUAGCUGAUACAACAUAAAGAGAGCAGUAAAACCAUUUAUUAUUUAUUAUCUUAUUUAAUUGUGCUAACAUAGCAGUACAAGUUGGCUCAACUAAGCAUCCUACUGAAUUGAACCCUGUUUGAGCAAGUUUAUCUUCUUUGAAAAUGUCAAGUUCAUCCAAAAACAUUAACAAUGCCAUUUGCUCAUACAACUUACAAUAAGUGUUGCUAACUCUCUGCAUGCUAGCGGUGGCUAGAGGUCAUUUACCACUACAGAAGUCUCUGUCAUGGUGGCCCAUUGCUAGCUAAACCCCUAGAAUGCUCUGAGCAACGCAAACGCCGUUCAAACACAACUGAAAUAACAUUUAGAUUUUAAUAGCAACUUUCCCAUGACCCUUUGAGCUGCCAACACGGAAUUGCCUUUCAUCCUAGCAACUAGCUUCUUGGAUCACUACAGUGUUAAACACAGCUAAUAGUCCCAAUUCAUGAAACAGUCGGAGGCUCCAUCUGGUGACACAACCAGGUACUACAGCUGAUGUGCAACUCAUUUUCAGACGUGCAUAUUUUUACUCCAAAAGUCCUACAAGAAACAGCUGAAAUACAUAAAAGUCCUGGUUUCCUAUGCAUUUACUGAGAAAUCAGUGUUGCCUGAACAACUCAGAUCCGAACCAUUUAGUCUAGCAAAGCAGAUAUUCACAUUUCAAGUACAAAAUAUUCUAAGGUAGCAAAAACCUCUUUUUUCUUCUUCUUCUUCUUUUAUUACAAUGCAUACACAAUCCAAACUGCAGAAAUGACAAUGUGCUGGAUUAUUUAUAAGUUGCCUGAAAACUAGCAAGACUAUGCAAGAUGCAGGGGUUUUCUUAUAUAGGAGAAUUUGUUAUGCAUAAUAGACAUUACUGGUUAUAAAAUUAUCAGAAAUCUCUGGAAUUGCAAAGAUUACUGUCAAAUAAAGUACCUUUACUGUACGCAGACCGAUUGUGCCGAUGCUUAGUCAUCCCCAAAGGUUUAUUGUAAGACAGGAAAACCAUAUAACACAUUACUUACUGUGUUUUACUGAUUCUGAAUUCACCUUUCCCCCGUGUUCCCAGUCAGGUAACUAGCUUCUGCCCAUGCCCUCCGCAAAAUAGAAACUUUUUUGUACGACGUUACUGUUGCUGUGGCCUGACCGACAUUUUUACGUUCUCAAACGGUGAAUGUGAUCUCAGCGUCUUCUGAAAAUGUGAAAUAAUUAUGUGAAUAACCUUGUCGAAGUACUUUAUAUACGUUUUUUUUAAUUAGAUUUUUUCAUUUUCUUCGUAUCUCAACCUGAUUGAGAAGACUUUACCUGCCUUUUAGAGAAAGUGUUUUUACAGGUGAUUGCUUUAUUACCUCAUGAAAACAGUUUCUGUGAGUUGCAUUUAACAGGCUGGUAACCUUUAUUCCCACCAGCGGCGAUGUGUUCCAGCAACGUUUGACACAUCUGGAUCUUCCGUCCUGUCUGGCACGGCACGUGCUUGUUACAUCACUUUAUGCAAACUCCACAGGUCAUGGGUGUUAUUCCACGAACUUUCCGGUGUUUGUCCGGAGAAAAAAGAGUUCACUAUGGUUUGCUUUGUGGAUUAACAGUGAGUGAAAUGUCAAAUUUGACUUUUACUGGGAUUUACUCUUUUUUGCAGUGACUUAGUGUAUCAUCGAUUAACAUAGAUCGUUUCUGUUAAUAAUGAAGAUUUAUAUAUUGAGUUUGAUGUAUUUCUAUUUUGUCCAUAUAUUUUGUUUCAUCAACAUUUUUUUUUUUUUUUUACAAUUUUGUUGAUUGUCCUUAUAGCAUAUCUGUAGGCAUUAAAGACAAAUUUUCUCAA